AUGGUUGCUGCGCGGGCUAGAGAAGCCCGCCCGACGUACGACCGCGCCGCCCUCGUUGCGGCUGCCGUCCGCGCUGCCGUGGACGGCCGUGCGCCUCGUCGCACCAUCGACGCGGUCGCCCGCGCGGCUGUGGCAGCCGCUGCCUCGGCUGCGCUGGGCGCGCCGCGCGUGCCGACGGCUGACGAGGCGGUCGACGAGGAGGAGCAUGUGAAGAUGCCGACGGCGCCGUCGGCAGCGCAGGUGGAGCGCCGGCGGCGCUGGCCCCGCCGGCUGGCGGAGGCGCGCGCUGCGAGGCGUGCUGGUCCGCCUGCCGCCGACGGAGAUGCUGGGCGGCGUGCCGCGGAGGCGCCACCCGCUGCUGGAGCAGCUGCUGGAGCAGCUGCUGGAGCAGCGGGUGCUGGCGCUGGAGCGGGCAGCGGGGCUGCCGCUGGACAGGGCCUGGCGCUGGUGCGUCGGCCCGAGCGCGCGGGCGUGGAUCUGUCGGGCCCAGAGGACGGGCUGGGCAGACGUCGCUCGCCGCGGUCGGCGCCGACGUCGCCCGACGCCCUGGCGGAUGCGUGCGCUGGCGUUGCGGUUGCGGCUGGCGCGGGCCCGCCGAGGGCGCUCCGAUGGGAGGAGAUGGACCUGCGGGAGCGCGCGAAGCUGAUGCUCGCCGCGCGGGCCGACGGACACGACUAUGCGGUGACCUACUUCGACUUGAUCAAGUGCUUCGAGUGGGUCACCCAUCGGAAGGUGUGGGAGGCGUCGCAGAGAUGGGGCUUCAAUCCAAUCAUCAUGCGGACCGUCCUCAAGAUCUACAGCAUGGUGCGGCGCAUCGUCCUGGACGAGUGCUACACCGACUGCAAGGCGUGGCAGCGAGGCAUCGUGGCGGGCAGCAGGUACGCACCGUUAUGUCUCAAGAUGGUGAUCAUCCUUGAGCUGGACAGGCUGGUGCACCAGUUCCCCUGGGCGGACACGUGCCUCUUCUUCGACGACCUCGCCAUGGCCACGUACGGCAGGCGCGAGUACGUCGACGAGGUCCACCCGCGGCUCAUCGAGGCCGUGGUUACCAUGUUCGAGACCACGCUGGACAUGGCCGUCUCGCGCGGCGCGGAGGGGAAGACGGUCACCUUGGCCUCCUCCACCGCGCUGGGCCAGCACAUCCACAAGAGUACCAGGCACCUCGGCGUGAGAGUGGUCAAGCACGAGCAACACGUGGGAGUGACAGCAACAGCAUGCAGACGGAGGAGAGUGGCCGCCAUCAACAAGCGGGCACUCAAGUUUGCAGCGAGAGAGGCACGGGUGGCAGCCGUGCGCAGAGCAGGAGGAGCGGCACGCAAGCUGAUUCGACAAGCCAAAGUGCCAGCGUUCCUCUACGGAUCCUCAGUCGUCGGCAUGGCAGACUCCAAGCUCACCGAACUCAGGAAGAACGUGGCGGCGGCGAUGGAGGGCAACAACAAGGGGAGGUCCACGGCCCUCACGCUGCUCAGCGACAGGGCCGACCCAGGCAUCCUCGCCAACAGUGGCCCCAUCAUCGCCUGGGCCACGGCGUGGCAGGAAGCGCUCGAGGACGACCAGCUGGCCGCGCGGCUCCAGAGCGCGUGGCGCACCUGGGUGAUGAAGAUAUACAAGUGCAAGGCCCCCUGGCUCACAGUUCGGGGGCCGGCGGGGGCGUUCGCGGCGACGGUCAGGCGCCUCGGCUGGAUGACGCAGGCCUCGCACACAGUUACCAUCGACGGGAACGUGCUCGACCUCCGCUACACCGUGCCGCAGGAGAUGCAGCGCCACGUCGCGCGCACCACGGAGAAGCAGCUGCAGGACGAGUGGGUGCGCCAGCACGGCCGCCAGUACGGCAUCACCUCCAUCUUCCUGGCACCGGUGCAGGCACUACUGCGACGACCCCUCCAGGGCCGAUGGACGCAGGCCCACCGCACUCGAGUGCGGGGCCUGUUCUGCGGAGGGACGUGGCCGCAGGCGCGGCCACGCGCAUCAGGAGUUGCCACCGACAGCACAUGCAGAGCGUGCGGGCUGGCACCAGGCACCGACAGGCACCGCACCUUCGUGUGCCCAGUGCGCCAGCCACACCGCGACGUUGUCGGAGGCCACCAUAUUCAGCAGCGAGGAGCCAACCCCCGGCCAGGCCCAGGAGCCGAUGCUCUCCGGGGGCGCGGCAUCACGGCCGACCCCGCCGACGAGCUUGGGCUCUGGGAGCUAGCCUCGUGCGACGACUGGCUCACCGAGGGCAAUUGGGACGGCCUCGCGACAGGGGGCAUCUACGUGGACGGCUCGUUGCAGUUCGGCGACUACGCACCACUGCGACGAGGGGGAUGGAUCAUCACCAAGCUCAAAGACAACGACGAGUACGACAUGGACUACGUGUGCUACGGGCCCCUCCCUGGCGCACAGUGGGUCCAGAGCAUCCUGCGGGCGGAGCUCUACGCGCUGCUACAGGCGUUGCGCGUGGGCACCCCGCCCAUGCGCAUUUUCACCGACUGCCGGAACGUCGUCGACGGCGCGAUGGCAGGACCAGCGUGGCUCGACAAGAGGGGCCGCCCGCGCCUCGACCUCUGGGAGUGCAUCUCCCAG